AUGUCAAAUCCUACAGAAGCUGAUCGUAUGAACGCCCUCGAAAGAAAGAAUGAAGGUAAUGUUUUUAUAAAAGAGAAACACUUUUUAAAGGCCAUUGAAAAAUACACCCAGGCAAUCGAUCUCGAUUCCACACAAUCUAUCUAUUUUUCGAAUAGAGCAUUUGCUCAUUUCAAAGUAGAUAACUUCCAAAGUGCCUUGAAUGAUUGCGAUGAAGCCUUAAAGUUGGAUCCUAAGAACAUCAAAGCUUAUCAUAGACGUGCAUUAUCUUGCAUGGCACUAUUAGAGUUUAAAAAGGCAAAGAAGGAUUUGACUGUGUUACUAAAGGCGAAACCCAAUGACCCAGCCGGUACCAAAGCACUAGCUACAUGCGAUAGAUUUAUCAGAGAAGAAAGAUUUAGGAAAGCCAUCGGAGGCGGCGAAGGUGAAACUAAAGUCAGUCUAUGCCAGACUUUGAACUUAAGUUCAUUCGAUGCCAAUUCUGACUUGACCAACUACGAUGGUCCCAAAUUAGAAUUUGAACAAUUGCAUGACGAGAAGAACAACUUCAACGGUGGCGAAAUCAAGAAUAUGUCGCAAGAAUUCAUCUCGCAAAUGAUUAACGACCUUUUCUUGAAGGGCAAACUUCUUCCAAAGAAGUAUGUUGCGGCUAUUAUCUCUCAUGCUGAUACCUUAUUUCGUCAAGAACCUUCUAUGGUAGAAUUAGAGAAUAAAUCUACCCCAGAUAUUAAGAUAUCAGUAUGUGGUGAUACACAUGGUCAAUUUUACGACGUUUUGAAUUUAUUCCGCAAAUUCGGUAAAGUAGGUCCCAAUCACACUUACCUGUUUAACGGUGAUUUUGUUGAUCGUGGCUCUUGGUCCUGUGAAGUUGCGUUGUUGUUUUACUGUUUGAAAAUAUUAUAUCCAAAGAACUUCUUUUUGAAUAGAGGAAACCAUGAAAGUGAUAAUAUGAACAAGAUUUAUGGUUUUGAAGAUGAAUGUAAAUACAAAUAUUCUCAAAGGAUAUUCAACAUGUUUUCACAAAGUUUUGAAAGUUUACCAUUGGCUACGCUAAUUAAUGAUGAUUAUCUUGUAAUGCAUGGUGGUCUACCAAGUGAUCCUUCAGCAAGCUUGUCUGAUUUCAAGGGUAUUAACAGAUUUGCUCAACCACCAAGAGACGGUGCAUUUAUGGAAUUAUUGUGGGCAGAUCCUCAAGAAGCUAACGGUAUGGGUCCUUCUCAACGUGGUCUAGGACAUGCAUUUGGGCCUGAUAUCACAGAAAGGUUCCUAAAGAACAACAACCUGCGCAAGGUUUUCAGAUCCCACGAAUUAAGAAUGGAUGGUGUGCAUUUUGAACAGAAUGGUAAACUAAUGACAGUUUUCAGUGCCCCAAAUUACUGUGAUAGUCAAGGUAACCUUGGUGGUAUUAUUCAUAUUGUUCCUGGUCACGGUAUUUUACAAGCUGGAAAGAAUGACGAUGAAGAUUUAAUAAUUGAAACAUUCGAAGCUGUUGAGCAUCCAGAUAUGAAACCAAUGGCCUACUCUAAUGGUGGGUUUGGUUUAUAG